GGGCGGAAGUGGCCAAGAGGAACGGAGAAUGGCGGCGGAAGGCUGGAUUUGGCGCUGGGGCUGGGGCCGGCGGUGCCCGGGGAGGCCUGGGCUUCCCGGCCCCGGCCCUGGCCCCACUACACCUCUACUUCUCUUCCUGUUGCUGGGGCCGGUUGUUGCGGAUAUAACUGACGGCAACAGUGAACACCUCAAGCGGGAGCAUUCGCUUAUCAAGCCCUACCAAGGGGUCGGUUCCAGCUCCAUGCCCCUCUGGGACUUCCAAGGCAGCACUAUACUCACGAGCCAGUACGUGCGUUUGACCCCUGAUGAGCGCAGCAAAGAGGGCUCUAUCUGGAACCACCAGCCCUGCUUCCUCAAGGACUGGGAGAUGCACGUCCACUUUAAAGUCCAUGGUGCUGGAAAGAAGAAUCUCCAUGGAGAUGGCAUUGCCUUGUGGUACACCCGGGACCGCCUUGUGCCAGGGCCUGUGUUUGGGAGCAAAGACAACUUCCACGGCUUAGCCAUCUUCUUGGACACGUAUCCCAACGAUGAGACCACAGAGCGUGUGUUCCCGUACAUCUCGGUGAUGGUGAACAAUGGCUCCCUGUCCUACGACCAUAGCAAAGAUGGCCGCUGGACCGAGCUGGCGGGCUGCACGGCCGACUUCCGGAACCGCGAUCAUGAUACCUUCCUUGCUGUGCGCUACUCCCGGGGCCGUCUGACGGUGAUGACUGACCUAGAGGACAAGAAUGAGUGGAAAAACUGCAUCGACAUCACGGGAGUGCGCCUGCCCACAGGCUACUACUUCGGAGCCUCGGCUGGCACGGGAGACCUAUCUGACAAUCAUGACAUCAUCUCCAUGAAGCUGUUCCAGCUGAUGGUGGAACACACUCCUGAUGAAGAGAACAUCGACUGGACCAAGAUUGAGCCCAGCGUUAAUUUCCUCAAGUCACCCAAAGAUAACGUGGAUGACCCGACCGGCAACUUCCGCAGCGGGCCGCUGACGGGGUGGCGGGUGUUCCUGCUGCUGCUCUGUGCGCUGCUGGGGAUCAUCGUGUGUGCCGUGGUUGGGGCUGUGGUGUUUCAGAAGCGGCAGGAGCGAAACAAGCGCUUCUACUGAGUGGCCAGUGCUCCGCUCCGGGGAAGGGCCUAGUUUUGGGCCCCAGCACUAAUGUGAACUUUUUUUUUACUGGGAUUGUAAAAGAAAAAUAAGACGACCUUAUUUCUUAACUGUUUCAAAGAAAUGAUUAAAAGUAUUUUCGUACAUUUUGCUUCUUGCCCAGCAAGGACAGGCUGCAGGGCUAGGGAAUAGGGUUUGGCACCCCCACAGCUGGGGACAGAGGUCCUAGCCCGUUGCCAGCAUCUCAGGAGCAGGAAGGAAGCUGUGCCUGGAGCUGGGCCCUGGCAGGCUCUUGAACACUGGAGGGCCCCUCAGCCACAUUAGGGUGGGUGCCUGAGGACGUGAGCAGUGAUUUUGUUCUCUGCAGGGUGUGUUGGUGGAAGAGGAGGCUGACUAGGGAACCUGGGCCUUCCCAGUUGCCCUCUGAGCUGCUUCCCAAGGCAGACCCUUGAGUGAGGCUGGAGGAGCAAUCUGGUAGGGCUCAGAGGGUGACCAUUUGCUAAAUAAAGUGAAACAACCAACUUCAGCUGUGUGACUGUCCUCAGGGGCAUGCUUCUCUUUUUCUUCAAGUAACUUCCAAGUGGCCAGUGCUUUAUGGCUCUCACCCUCCACCCCUCGGCCCUGCCACACAGCCCCAGGAGGCCAGUGCCGUGCUGCCAUUCCCAGGUGGGGAAGCACAGCUCUAGGAGGUCAGUCGAAACUUGCCAAGUGUCACAUAGCAAGUGAGGGGAUAGGGCCCUGUGCUGUCUCCCAUGUGCCCUGAGCCUCUGGGUGAAAGGCUUCAGCCAGGGUAGAGUGUGGGGUACCACAUGGAGGCUGUGACCUAAGCGCAAGUGAACUCGAGGGAACUCUGGCUAAGGGGGCUUCAGGAAGAUCUGGAAGGGAUUCAUGGGCUCAGGAGGACAGGCUAGGGUCAGUAUUCCCUUUGGGGUGUUCUGAGGGGAGAAAGAUGGCAGAGGGAGUAGAAGAAAGCCAGCAGCUGGAGGGAAAGCACCCUUAUCUGGCAGCUUUCAUGGGUCGGUCUGUCCUGGCCAUGGCCUGCCUCUGCUCUCCAGACUGCUCUUGGAUGCCGCUAACUCUGCCACAGAACACUGUGUUCUCAUCCAUUCUAGAACCAUCUUCAGCAUCUUCCUAAGUCACAUUCGAGUCUCCAUCUUAAAAGUGAGAGCAACCCUGUCUUCCUGUUGGAACCAGGCUUUUUGUAAUUGAUAUUCUUGAUUAGAUUCUCGCAGGUGGAUAGAAGUAGAUGAAGUGAGGAGGAAGAACUUCCUUUUCCUGUUAAUCUUUCACUCUCCUGAGCUCUUUGUCGAGCAGCUAUUCACGUUCUCUUGUCCUUCUCCAUGUGCUCUCUGCACAUGUAGGACACAUCCUUCGUGGGUCAGACGUCGAGAGAUUGUUUACGAGAUCGCAGUGAGACACGUCUGAGCUGCGUUUCCUUCUCAUGGGGCUGGGAGACCAUUCAUGAAGCUGUAAGAGUAAACAUGAUCUUCUUUACUGAAAUAUUUUACUGAGCUCACUUAACCCCCAAACUGUUUCUUUACUUGGGAAGUAGCUAACUUUGAGUGCUUACUACAUGCCAAGCGUGGUUCUGAGCAGGUGACGCAUACUAACUCCUCUCUCUCCACAACACUUAAUCCGUUCGGACACCGGAAAUCCACUAGGUUGGGUGGCUCCUGUCUCCCCGAGCCUCUCCCUCCCCCAGGGGGAGCGCCAUGUCCACCUUGAGGGCUGGGGUCUGGAACCCCCCACAGCUGCUACGGCCACCAUCGUCAGCACCACACGCACCACACUUGGCCUUUCAUUCUGGCCCCUCAGGGCCUCCCUGAAUUCCUGAAUGAUGAGGCACGGUGGCACCCUGGACGAUGUGGCUCUGGCCCUUGGUUGCACAUUGGAGUCACCUAGAGAACAAAAGUCUGACCUCUGUGUUCUCUAGUUUGGGUUUGAGGAGUCAAUGGGGUGUGGGCAAGGACAGUGUUUUCUUUGGAGUGGCGGGGGGUGGGGGGCACAGUGCGGCCCAGGAAGGGCUGCUUUGAAAUAACCACACUGGGUGGUUAGGGUGAGGUUCUAGGCUUGGGAAUCAGUAGGUGUAAGACCAGCGAUUUGAAGGCAAAGAUGGAGUGGUUGUGGUCUCUUCUUGGCUGUCAGCAUCUUCUUUGCAUCCCUUUCAGAGUUUAUACCUGGAGGUGCUUCCCUAGAAGGUUCGAUGUGUGCUUUCACAUCUGCUUUCUCACACAUGUGGGAUCAUGCUGCUGUAAUCCACGAUUUUUGCCACAUGGAUUUAAAAAUGGAGUUAUUUCAUCAUACAAAAGAUAAACAUGAAUGUGUAUCCUUGUACUUGCUGUGCAACAUGAGAAAUAAAGCGUUGCUGACACACUUGCAUCCCUCCUUGUCCCCCUGCCCUGAGUACGAGCCCUCCUUUUGAAGGCGAUUGCUGCAGGUUCUGAUUUUUUUUUUU